GUUUGAGCUUCCGGAUACGCCACGUAGUUUUGAGAUGCACCAACCAUUGCAUUACGAAUUCCAUCAAGGUGAGCGAGCAUGAGCAAGCGUCAACUGGGAGAGAUCAACGAUGAAAGCAUGGGCGAGUCCUCGGACGAGUCGGGUGGCGAAGAAGACAUUGUGCUCAAAUCCAAUGGAGACCAGAAAGAGAAUGUGGAUGUGGACUUCGUCUUCACCGACCCGUGCGAGCAGAACUUCCACAGCGUCAAACAACUCAUCAGCAACAACUUCCUCCCACCCACGGCUCUGGAUACGUCCAAUUUGGCCGACAUCAUUGUCAAGCAAGUCAGUAUUGGGUCCAUGGUGUGUUGCGAAGGCGAGACGGACGUGUUUGGGUUCAUCACGGCGCUGAGCCUAAAGACGUAUGAGAACACACCGUCCAUUCGUCAAAUCCACUCCCUUGUGCUCGAAAAGUGCCCCAAGGAUUUGAAACCGCGUCUUACUUCGAUCUUGUCGUCCAAGACAGUUGGCCUCGUCCUGAAUCGGCGCAUUAUCAACUUGCCGUACCAACUGGUGCCCCAUUUGCACAGCGCACUGCAACAAGACAUUGACUGGGCGGUCGAAAAUUCCAUAGAUCCGGCGAUCAAGGCGUCAUUCAACUUUGACUACUUCUUGAUCCUCGCCGGCGUGCAAGUCGACAUUUCAGCCUUGAAGAAACCAGCUGGAAAGAAGGCAAAGGCCGCGUACGCUGAGCCGACCGUCAAGUCGUUCGACAACUUUGAAGAAGAAUUCCUCGAAGCGGAAGCGGAUCUGCACUUUACCAUUCCCACGGAGAACGUGCUCAAGGAAGGCUCUGGGUUCAGCACGGAGCUGUCGGUCAUGCUCGUGUCGAGGCAAAAGCACCAGGGAACCAUCGCCAACAUGUCGCUCAUGCUCGCAGCGUAAUCGUUCGUUUAUAAUCUUAGCACCCAUUUUUACUCCACAGCGUCGUCCAUCAACUGUGUCAUCCGUCCGAGGGUGUUUCGCAGCCGGAAGAGCUCCUCCUUUUCCGAGGGACUUAGAAAUCGACUGCUGCUGUUGUCUUGGUGAGUUUUUGAGUGAGUCACUUCUCUGGACAAGCUGCAUACACACCGCCACCACACACUCCAAUCAGUCGACGUACAUAUACACAGUAGUACAUCAUUCCCAUCGUACCCCUUCUUCCACGUCGUGGGUUG